GCGAGCACCUGAACGCAGCGCGGGAGCAUCACAGCGGGAAAGGAGGAGGAGGAGGAAGAGGAGGAGGAAGAAGCUCGCCGUGGAGAGGCAUGAAGAGCAUCCGCGGAAUCUAAGCCAUCAGACGGGGACUGCAGCUCGUCUUCCCGCCUUUGUGACAGCAUGGAGGAGAAGCAGCGGUUCCUCUGCGGGGUGGUGGAAGGAUUUUAUGGAAGGCCAUGGUCCAUUGAUCAGAGGAAGGUUCUUUUUCAAUGGAUGCAGCUCUGGGGACUAAACACCUACCUGUAUGGGCCAAAAGAUGACCUGAAACAUCGACUGCUGUGGAGAGAAGUCUAUUCUCCAGAAGAGGAAGGUCAGUUGCGUACUCUCAUCGUUGAGGCCCAGUCCAGAGGCCUGCAGUUUGUUUAUGCACUCUCCCCCGGUCAGGACAUUGUCUUUUCCUCGUCCUGUGACUUAGCUUUACUCAAACGCAAGCUAAGACAGGUAGCAGACCUGGGCUGCCAGGCGUUUGCAAUCCUCUUUGACGACAUUGAUGCCUCCAUGUGUCAGGCUGACAGCGAGGCCUUUGCCUCUUCUGCCCAUGCUCAGGUCACUGUUACCAACGAGGUUUAUCGGUUCUUAGGGGAACCACCGGUCUUCCUUUUCUGUCCCACAGAGUACUGCAGUUCUCUGUGCUCCCCCAGCGUGUCUAAGUCCCCCUACCUACAAACAGUUGGAGAAGACCUGCUGCCGGAUAUUAGCGUAAUAUGGACUGGUAGCAAGGUCAUCUCCAGGAAACUGUCAGUUGACGGCCUCGCUGAGGUGAAGUCUGUCCUCCAGCGACCCCCACUCAUCUGGGACAACCUGCACGCUAACGACUAUGACUCCAGGCGCCUCUUCUUGGGCCCUUUUAAGGGCCGGGAGCCUGGACUUAGAAGCAACUUGAGAGGCCUGCUUCUCAAUCCAAACUGCGAGUUUGAAGCCAAUUACAUCCCACUCCACACUCUGGGAAGCUGGCUCAGAGCAGGGAAGGAGGAAACGAAAGACGAGGAGUUUGACUACUGUCCUGACAGAGCUCUAACCGCUGCUCUGCACGACUGGAUGGAAGAACUUAACCAACCUCUACAAGCAGGUCGUCAUACCAUACGGACGGACCCACAUGGUUAUGUCCAAACAUCACGCUGCAAAACUUCUGACUGGUCCGACCGUCCUUCCACCUUCAGGGGGACCUCUGCUCUGGCAAAACUUCCAGUCUUCCCUCUGAAUUCCAGCUCUCCUCCCUCCUCACCCACUUUAGAGGACAGGGAAAAACAAAUGGGGGAGAAGAAGGGAUCGAGCUAUUCAAGUCAAAAGUCUCCUGGAUCUAGACCGGGACCAGUCCCAAGUGGAGGCCAGGGGGAGAAGGUUCAGGGCCGGGGAAUGUGUGGUGGGAAGGGUUUGCUCAGUGAAUCACAGGUGCGGCUGAUGGUUGGUCUUCACUACCUUCCCCAUGAGCAUGGCCCAUCGGCUCAGAAACUUCUGCAGGAUCUGACUUGGCUGAAGACAAACUGCCACCUGGUCAGCACCAACGGCAAGAAGGCGCAGCCUCAGAAGGCUGAAGAGUGGCAUGGACGAGCCUCGAGGUUCCUGUCUCUGUGUGAAGACAUAGCACAGCUCCACUGCAGCGUGGUGGGCGGGGCAAACAGGGCUGUGCUCUAUGAUCUUUAUCCUUACGUGUGGGACCUCAGAAACACUGCUCUGGUGGCAAAGGCCUUUGUAUGCUGGCUGGAUGGACGAGUGCAGAGUGACAGCUCUGCUCUUGGCUCCUGGAGGAACUGCUUUCACUGGUGUGGGAAAACCACAGGAGCAGACAUGAUGGGCGUAGACUCUGAGCCAUGGGUGUUUAAAGGGGGCUUGUCCGGGGAUGUGCAGAUGCUUCUCCCAAUUGGCAGUUGCAGCGAACUCUUUACUCACCCUCCGCCUCUCUUCCCUACCUCUCGUCUUUACAAUGUCAGGCCAUACCACAACAAAGACAAGGUGGAGUUAUACCGUAUGGUCCGUCAGUUACAUUUAAGAACUCAGGGGGGCCAAGAGUCCAACAUAGCUCACCCAGAUGUCAUAGGAGACAGAUGUCUUGGCCCAUGCUUGGCGUUAAGCCCAGAGUACAGCUUCAUCCUUGAAGACGAGUUAGGUGUUUGCGGCUGUGUUUUGGGCAUUUUAGAUGUCCCAAGCUUUGCCAAGAGGUGCCAGGCCAGUUGGAUACCCGCAAUGAGGGACAAAUAUCCUCCCAAAGGGAACAGCACACACCCAAACACACAGGACUUAAUCCGGUUAAUUGAAGAGGACCAGGGUGAGUACCCAGACUCGCUCCUCCAUCACUUCCCCUCGCAGGUGCGUUUGGAUGCUCUUCCAGAGCUGGUGGACAUCAGUGUCAGCCGAACCCUGCUCACCGCCCUCCUCGCUGCAUUGAAAGCUAACGGUUCUCAGGGUGUCUUCUGCGAGGUGCAGCCCACAGACCGUCAGAGGCUGGAGUUCCUGACAAAACUGGGCUUCCUGGAGAUCCUCAGAGGAGAGGCCAGGAGCAGAGAGGGGGUGGUGCUAGGGAGGCUGCUAUGAAAACCACAGAGACAUUAGAGCACUCGCACAAAUACACACUUACGCCCUUUUCACACAAGAUAUGUAAUGCUUUCAUCAGUCUGUUACCGGGACAACAUUCGGUCAUUCAGAUCAUCGUCAGGUCAUUUCAGCAAUGUUGAUCAUGUGAUUGUUGCCACACAUCCUUCUUUUACAGUCAUGUUAAAUGAAAUUUUAAUUUAAAACCAGGUAAAUUCUACCUCAGACAUUUUAGUUGUUAAACCAUGUCACAUUUACAGCUCCAAAGCAAGCUCCAAACAGGUACAACUUUUAGCGCUAUUACCAGAUUAUCUUAACAGAAAUCCUUAGAAAUAGUGAACAUGUCUGAUAAAACAGAUUCACCAAUAAUCAUUUGGUAAUAAUGUUCUAGUUAUUUUCUCCAAAGGUUAAAUAUGGUAGAAAAACAGGAAUCCAGGUAAAAAACAAGGCAUGCAUCACAAAUUCUUCUGUUAACAAAAAGUAUGCUAUUAAGGUUAUGUUUAAGUAAAACAUACUUGAAACAUACCUUAAUUGUGGCAGCAAACAAAUCAAAUGUAGGUGUGGGACUAAAAUGUUGAUGUAAUUGAGACAAUAAACCAUUCGUCGCUAAUUUACAAGGUACCAUUAAAUUAAUUAAGCAUCACGUUGAGAGAAAAAACCCACUGAAUAAUAUUUUCAUAUAAUUGGAAAUAAAUUCAGGUAUGAAGGGGUUUAACAAGUGAUUUUAUUUUUUUGCCACGCCUGUUAUAUGCUGUUGGACAACUGUUUAGCACGGUGGUGGAGGCUUUACAAUAUGGGCUUUGUUAUACUUUUGUUUGACUUGUGCAAACAAAGAAUUUUUAUUGUUUAGCCAUAAGUGUGUUGCAUAAAAGUCUACAUCCUAAAAGAGAUUUGUCCAAUACAUAUCAGUGGCUUUUGUAAGACGCCAACAAAGUAAGAAGCUUUGUGAAGAUUAAGGUUGCAAUGAAAAAAGGUUAUCAUGUCUUCAAUGCAAUAAUAGUUAUUGACAGUUGUUUGGUAGAAAGGGUAUUGUAAUUUUUGUGGUGGACAAUGAUUUUUUUUAAUUUAAAAAUGGUACAUUUGGAUCCAACUGAGGUGAAAUGUAGCUACUAUUAGCACCUAACAUAGAGCUGAUCUUUAACAUGACUGAAUGAGAGGCACCAUCAAACCCCAUGCCCCAUCAUCCCAUUAUUUCAUGUUUAAGGACCUGUAAUCAUAAUUCUUCAGUGAUUUUCACCCAAUGUCAAUUUACGAUACAACUUUUACCUUUUUAUUUAAAAAAGCAAGCAGUUUAAGUCAGCCCACAGGUUUGAGUCCUGCUAAAGCUGACUUAACAAAAUGGCAAUAAAGUGUGUGGUAACGUGAGUUAGCUUAGUCAAACUGGAGUCUAAAUAACAAAAAGUCCAAUUACAUGUCUGAAGGGGCUUUUAAAAACGAAUAAGAGACAAAGACAAUUCAACAGAGUUGGCAAAAAAAGGCUCUUGCACUCACCAUUCAGACGUUAAAAACAUAUCAUUCAGAGUAGGGGAGUGACACAUCUUAACUUUGCAAAGAAGUAAAAUUCUCAUUUUCUUUCAUUAGGAGGGGAAAUGUUGAGGCAUUGAUUUCGAUUUCUGAAUCUGUAUGGCAGCAAUCAGGAAAAACCCAGAGAUUUCCAAGGGCAAUGAUAGUUUUCAAGAUUUUUUUAUAUGACAAUAGCAAAGGGGGUACUCCCACACUGGGUUUGAUUUGCACUGAAGUUUUUGUUUUCUUCUAAUUUAUUUUCUAGAGAAUAUUCUUAAUUUUAGGGAUGUAGAGAUAGGUAGCUUUUUUUUAACUUUGUGGACAACUUUUAUGUGGACAAAACAAGUUAAGCUAAAAAAAAGGGGGUGUAUGUUGGCUUGCAAGUGAACCCUAGUGUGGUUCACUACAGUGGGAUUGUUCACCAACUGUGCAGCAAAACAAGAAGCACAAGUAAAUGAAAUAGACCAAGUAAUGUUAUUGUGUAAAGUUAAAAAAAGCAUAUCCAAAGUAGCAGAAAUCAGAAAAAACGUAAAAAAUGUCCCAUGUGUAAACUUGUAGUCAGGGGGGCGUUUAUCCGUAUGAUAGAAAGAUAUAUGUGGGGUUAGUGGGAGUAGCAGUUUUAAAAAAAAAAUUAUGGUGCUUGUCUCAGUGAUCCCCCAAAUGGUCAGCUGUUGUAUCUGUAUGAGUGCAGUGUGAAACUAGAGGAAGGUGUGAUUUUUUCCAGCAUCACACACCUAAUCUGUUGCAGCUCCUCUUUUCUAGUCUGAAACCUCCCAAAACAAAGAAGAA